AUGAAAAAGAGAUCCGACGAAAAGAAAAAAGUUAACUCCGAGAGACGUCGGCUCGUCGACGAAUUGCACGCUCCGGCGAGAAGAAAUUUUCCGCGAAGGCGCGUCAUAGUCCAGGGAUACGAUGAUCUGUGGCAGGCUGAUAUCGUUGAGAUGCGCCCGUACUCGAGCUUCAACAGAGGCCACCACUACAUACUCACCGUUAUCGAUGUGUUGAGCAAGUGGGCCGUACCACUCAAGAGCAAGGGCGGAAGCGAGACGGCUGAGGCUAUCGCUGAGAUCGUUCGAGCGAGUGGAAGAUGUCCGAAAAAUUUACAAACGGAUAUGGGAAAGGAAUUUUACAACGCCGAUGUGCAGAAAAUCUUGAAAAAACACAACGUUAAUUACUAUUCCACGUAUUCGACGUUGAAAGCGUCAGUGGUCGAGCGGUUCAAUCGCACGAUCAAGAAUGAUAUGUGGAAGAUGUUUACGCUCAACGGGUACAGCGCGAUAAAGAUCGCAGGUCCGGCAAAAUUCAAAGUAGGCGAUUCGGUACGCAUGAGCAAGUACAAGACGGUUUUUGAGAAGGGUUACACGCCAAAUUGGACCACCGAAGUGUUUACGAUCGUUAAGGUGCAACGUACUAAUCCCGUAACCUAUCUACUCGAGGACUACCGCGGAAAAUCUGUCGUUGGAGCGUUCUAUGAGCACGAGUUGCAUCGUGCUACUCAUCCGGAUGUGUAUCUCGUGGAAAAAGUACUGCGCAGGAAGGGAGACAAGGUGUACGUCAAGUGGCUGGGAUUCGAUGGAUCGCACAAUUUGUGGAUACAUAAAAACAAUGUGAUUUGA